AUGGAGCUGGAGAAGAAGAAGAAGAAGAAGAGAGGAAGAGAAGGAGAGAAUGAAACUGAGACUGAGAUGGAGUGUUUAGAGAAUAGCAACAAGGCAAAGAAGAGAGAUAUGUAUGGCAUGAAGGAUGUGGAAGAGGAGGGUUGUUCCCACUUGGCAUUUGGGGUGUUUGAUUUCCCUUGGCUUAAAGAUGGUGUCACGUUCAAAUCAGAGGACUACUUGUUUGAUUUUGAAGACUAUUUCUCCUCAUCUCUACAACAAGAAGACGCUAACUUUGAAGCUGCUGAGGCAUCCAAGCAUCAUAUUCCAGAAGCCAAGUUGGAAGAUAAUGCAUGGGAGACAUUUGAAAGUGAUCUGUUGGAGCUGCAAGCUGAGGAUUUGGAUUGCAUUUGGACCUCUCUGCUCAAUCAGCCUCUUUAA